ACAGACAGGCGGUGCCUAUUGCUGUUUCCGCGUCACUUCCUUGUUCUUCUAUGGAAGACGAAAACUUUUCACGGAAGAGAAACGUCCGGACGAGUGAAGUUAUUUCUGAGGCUGCACUAAAUGUGGGUAGCCAACAUCUAAUUCCUUAUUCACAGUGUUCAAGUCUGAAUUUAUGGCUGACAACCGAGAAGACGAGAAAAAGGGAGAGCGGCUUUUAGAGGGCGCAGCGGGUGGGGAAGCUCAGGAAUGUCUCAAGGACCACAGCAGCAACCUGCACACUCCCUAGAUCCCAACCUGAUCGAGAAUCUGUGGGAUGCACCGGAAUGAGCCGAAUCCACCCUCCCACCAGGAGGGGCGUCCAGAUGCCUCAGUUCACAGGACCAAAAGGAUGCAACUUUCCAAUCCUGGUAACCACAAAACACCCCCAGAGGUCCUGUGUCCCUUCCCCUGGCAGGUCAGAGCUGGUUGGGCAGCACAAGGGGCACCUACAAAAUAUUAUGAAGAUGUCAUUGAUGAUCCCAUCCUGGAGCAAGGAGCAGUGGUCCUCAGAGGGUAUGUGAUUGAACGUAUAAAUGCAGAGGAGCCGAGUCGACGUGUUUCCUCUGAAGAUCUUGGAGGAAGACCAAAUGAACAACAAGAUCCACAAAUCAAAGAAGUGGUGGAGCAUCUGCUCAAGAUUGCAGAUGAGUUGAAUAAGAAUGCAGAGCUCCAACGACUAAUCAACCAGGUUCAAGGCAACUGUGCUCAGGACAUCUUCAUGAAGGUGGCCAGGAGCAUCUUUGCUGAUGGCAUUAACUGGGGACGAGUGGUGGCUCUCUUCCAUCUGGCCUACAAACUAAUUUCCAAGGCACUGACCACCAAUCAUCUAGAGAACAUCAGAACAGUCAUUAGCUGGGUUCUCCAGGUCAUCAGAGAGCAGCUCUAUUCAUGGAUUGUACAGCAGGGAGGCUGGGAGGGAGUGAUCCGUGGUUUUUCCCAAUGGAGGAUAGUAGCCAUUAUAGCAUCAGUAGCACUUGUGGCAACUAUUGUUUACUACAGGAAGACGCGCUGAGACACCAGACCUCACAACCACUGCGGCAGUCUUAUCCCUUGGAUAAAGGCAGCCUGUUUCUGGUCAUUAAUUACAACCACUUCUUACCUUGAUCAUUGACCAGUGGGACUCAAAUAAUGUACGUAGAGGAAGAAAAACCUCCUUUCUUCUCAGCUUUCCAAGAACAAAAAAGUGCAUUUAGAGCACCUAUCCACGGGGCUCUCCAUCAGUCCUCACCAUCAAUAAAAGAACUGCUGGAACACACCCCCUAGCAGUCAUACUGGCAGUUGUCAGCUCUUGUGCCCUUCUUGAACCAAGUCUCAGGUCCACAUUUAGUUAUAGAUGAGCUCUCACUUAAAUUUUAAUGUUGUUAUAUUUCGACCAAGAGGCAGCCAGGUUUGCUCUUGACCUGAGUUUUUUUGUGAUAAAGUAACAAAGGCAAGUGCACUUUGCCAUCUUGAAGCAAGUUUAUGUGGACCACUUUUUCAGUUUGAAUUACUGUUGUUUCUAGAUGAGUGUCACUGUCAGAGCUGUUGCAAUGUAAACAGCUGAAAUGGCAAUAAAAUUUGACUUGACAAUG